GGCACGAGUAACAAGCUCACACAACUGGGUACUUAUGAAGAUCACUUUUUGAGUCUUCAGAGGAUGUUCAACAAUUGUGAGGUGGUCCUUGGGAAUCUGGAAAUCACCUAUGUACAAAAGAACUAUGACCUCAGCUUCUUAAAGACAAUCCAGGAGGUUGCUGGCUACGUACUUAUUGCCCUCAACACGGUGGAGAGGAUUCCCUUGGAAAAUCUGCAGAUUAUCAGAGGAAAUUUACUGUUUGAAAACACUUAUGCCUUGGCUGUUCUGUCCAACUACGGUGUUAAUAAAACUGGAGUAAAGGAGCUUCCCAUGAGAAACUUACAGGAGAUCCUGAGUGGAGCUGUGCGAUUCAGCAAUAACCUUGUCCUCUGCAACACAGAGACCAUCCAAUGGAAGGACAUCGUCAACAGUGAUUUCAUGAGCUCCAUGUCACUGGACUUUGCUAACAACCCAGGCAGCUGCCAGAAAUGUGACCAAAGUUGCCCCAAUGGAAGCUGCUGGGGUGCAGGCCAAGAGAACUGCCAGAAGUUGACCAAAACCAUCUGUGCCCAGCAGUGCUCAGGACGUUGCCGUGGCAAGAACCCCAGUGACUGCUGCCACAACCAGUGUGCAGCUGGCUGCACAGGACCCCGUGAGAGCGACUGUCUGGUCUGCCGCAAGUUUCGCGAUGAAGCCACCUGCAAAGAUACCUGUCCGCCUCUGAUGCUCUACAACCCCACCACAUACCAGAUGGAUGUCAACCCUGAUGGAAAGUACAGUUUUGGUGCCACGUGUGUGAAGAAGUGUCCUCAUAACUACGUGGUGACAGACCACGGGUCAUGUGUCCGUUCAUGUGGUUCUGACAGCUACGAGGUGGAGGAGGAUGGGGUCCGCAAGUGUAAGAAGUGUGAGGGGCCUUGUCGGAAAGUUUGUAAUGGAAUUGGAAUUGGUGAGUUUAAAGACACACUUUCUAUAAAUGCUACCAAUAUUAAGCAUUUCAGAAAUUGCACCUCUAUCAGUGGAGACCUCCAUAUCCUGCCAGUUGCAUUUAAGGGUGAUUCCUUCACACGCACUCCACCUCUAGAUCCUAAGGAAUUGGAUAUUCUCAAAACUGUAAAAGAAAUAACAGGGUUUUUGCUGAUUCAGGCUUGGCCUGCAAACAAGACUGACCUACACGCUUUUGAGAACCUAGAAAUCAUCCGUGGCAGAACAAAGCAACAUGGUCAGUUUUCUCUUGCGGUGGUCGGCCUGGACAUAACAUCCUUGGGAUUACGCUCUCUCCGGGAGAUAAGUGAUGGAGAUGUGAUCAUUUCAGGAAACAAAAAUCUAUGCUAUGCCAAUACCAUAAACUGGAAGAAACUUUUUGGAACUUCAAGUCAAAACACCAAAAUUAUAAACAACAGAGCUGAAAAGGACUGUAAGGCCGAACACCGUAUCUGUGACCCCUUGUGCUCAGUUGAGGGCUGCUGGGGCCCAGAACCCAGAGACUGUGUUUCUUGCCGCAACGCCAGCCGAGGAAGGGAGUGUGUGGACAAGUGCAAUGUGCUGGAGGGACAGCCAAGAGAGUUUGUGGAGAAAUCCGAGUGUAUAGAGUGUCAUCCUGAAUGUCUGCCCCAGCCCAUGAACGUAACCUGCACCGGACGCGGCCCUGACAAUUGUAUACAGUGUGCCCACUACAUCGAUGGCCCGCAUUGUGUCAAAACCUGUCCAGCGGGAAUCUUGGGAGAAAACAACACCUUGGUCUGGAAGUAUGCAGAUGCCAAUCACGUGUGCCGCCUGUGCCAUGCAAACUGCACUUUUGGUUGUGCUGGGCCAGGUCUGGAAGGCUGUGCAACAAAUGGGCCCAAGAUCCCAUCCAUUGCUACCGGAAUUGUGGGUGGUCUCCUCUUGUUGGUGGUGAUGGCACUUGGGAUUGGCCUUUUCAUGCGAAGGCGGCACAUUGUCCGAAAACGCACACUUCGCAGACUGCUACAGGAAAGAGAGCUUGUGGAACCAUUGACACCCAGUGGAGAAGCUCCCAAUCAAGCUCUCUUGAGGAUUUUAAAGGAAACAGAAUUUAAGAAGCUCAAAGUGCUGGGCUCUGGAGCAUUUGGCACUGUGUACAAGGGACUCUGGAUCCCAGAAGGAGAGAAAGUGAAAAUUCCUGUGGCUAUCAAGGAGUUAAGAGAAGCCACGUCUCCAAAAGCCAACAAAGAGAUUCUAGAUGAAGCCUACGUCAUGGCCAGUGUGGACAACCCUCACGUUUGCCGGCUGCUGGGCAUCUGCCUGACCUCCACAGUCCAACUCAUCACACAGCUCAUGCCCUUUGGCUGCCUCCUGGACUAUGUCCGUGAACACAAGGACAAUAUUGGCUCCCAGUACCUCCUCAACUGGUGUGUGCAGAUUGCAAAGGGCAUGAACUACCUGGAAGACCGCCGCCUGGUGCACCGUGACCUGGCUGCCAGGAAUGUUCUGGUAAAGACUCCACAGCAUGUGAAGAUCACAGAUUUCGGGCUGGCCAAGCUGCUCGGUGCUGAGGAGAAGGAGUAUCAUGCCGAAGGAGGCAAGGUUCCUAUUAAAUGGAUGGCUCUGGAAUCAAUUUUACACCGAAUUUAUACCCAUCAAAGUGACGUCUGGAGCUAUGGUGUCACAGUUUGGGAGUUGAUGACCUUUGGAUCCAAGCCCUAUGAUGGAAUCCCUGCCAGCGAGAUCUCCUCCAUCCUGGAGAAAGGAGAGCGCCUUCCACAGCCACCUAUCUGCACCAUUGAUGUCUACAUGAUCAUGGUCAAAUGCUGGAUGAUUGAUGCUGAUAGUCGUCCAAAGUUCCGUGAGUUGAUCAUUGAAUUCUCAAAAAUGGCCCGUGACCCUCAGCGUUACCUUGUCAUUCAGGGAGAUGAACGAAUGCACCUGCCGAGUCCUACAGACUCCAAUUUCUAUCGUGCCCUGAUGGAUGAAGAAGAUAUGGAAGAUGUUGUGGACGCAGAUGAAUACCUCAUACCACAGCAGGGAUUUUUCAACAGCCCAUCUACAUCUCGGACCCCCCUCCUCAAUUCUCUGAGCACAAACAGCAACAAUUCCACUGUAGCUUGCAUUGAUAGAAAUGGGCAGAUUUGCCCCACCAAGGAGGACAGUUUCCUACAGCGGUACAGUUCCGACCCCACGGGAGCCCUGACUGAGGAAAGCGUUGAUGACACCUUCCUUCCUGUGCCAGAAUAUAUAAAUGAAUCCAUUCCCAAAAGGCCUGCAGGCUCAGUCCAGAACCCUGUCUACCACAAUCAGCCUCUGAAUUCAGCCCCUGGCAGAGAACCUCACUAUCAGAACCCCCACAGCAAUGCAGUGGACAACCCAGAGUAUCUCAAUACCACUCAGCCUGCCUGUGGCAACAGUGUCUUCAACAGCCCUGCCUUCUGGGCCUCAAAGGGCAAUCACCAAAUCAGUCUGGACAACCCAGACUACCAACAAGACUUCUUUCCCAAGGAAGCCAAGCCCAAUGGUGUCUUUAAGGUUCCUGCAGCUGAAAAUGCAGAAUACCUGAGGGUCACGCCCCCAAGUAGUGAGUCCAUUGGAGCAUGA